AUGUCUUCGGACGGAUCUACUCACUCGCCUCGGGCUGAUAAAAGAUCUCCGUCAAAAAGUAUCAAUGAUCAAUCUACCAACGACGAAAAGGUAUAAUAACUAAUUUUAUUGUUUAGAACGAUUAGGUAGUUUUUUAAUAUAUUUAAAAUAUAAUUUCUCUUCGGGAUUCAUCUAACUUGCAAUUUUUCAUUUAAACCUUUUUCAGCAGGAAUCACCUGUAAUACGGCGAGAAUCAUCUUCGCCGGAAACUCCACCUGUAAGCUCUUUUCUCUUUACCCCUAGCCUUAACUUUUUUUUAGGGCUCGCCUUCCCGUAAUCGCUCUUCGUCGCCACCGACUCCUGAUGUAGUGUUUUAAUUUUUUUUUUUCUCUCUUGAAUAACAGUUUUUCAGGGUUCUCCACCUCCGAACGAAAGUUCUCCUGCUCCAGAGCGGCAAUCUUCUCCAGUAGCUCGUGAAGUAUAUUUUAUCAUUUUAAUUUGUACAGCGGUCGUUUUCAGCGUUCUCCUUCCGAACCGCCUCGUGAACCUCGGAGCAAGAAAUCGCGUAGAGAUAGAUCAGGAUCUACGAGUCCUCAUGAAAGACGACGUGAAACAAAGAGAAAGUCGCAGAAACGCUCGAAAUCGCGCAGUCGAUCGCCCAAGCGAACAAAGUCACAAAAAGAGCCGGAGCCUGCUGCUCCACCGAGAAAAGAGCCCGUAGAUAUUUUGCGGUUAGUCUUGACGUCCUGAUGUCAAAAAAGGAAAGAUCAUUUUUUGAAUAUGUUUGAGUUUUAGAACUCGUACUGGCGGUGCCUACAUUCCCCCGGCAAAGCUGAAACUGAUGCAAGCUCAGAUUGCCGAUAAGGUUAUUUUUGAGAAAGUGGGAGAAUUAUCAUUUGAACUGUUUUCAGUCGAGUGAGCAAUACCAAAGAAUGAACUGGGAGCGGUUGAAGAAGAAAAUUCAUGGUUUGGUUAACAGGUAGAACAAAUAUUGAGUAUUGAUCAGAAACUCUGAUUUCUUCAGAGUUAACGUCGGAAACUUGGUUCAAAUCGUGAGAGAACUCUUACAGGAAAAUGUUAUCCGUGGAAAGUGAGUUUUCUCGAAUGAUUCUUGCUCAAGACACCUGAAAUUUUUUUCAAGUGAAAACUUUUGCUUAGAAAAUCCAUUUAAGAAAAAUAGACAAACUUAGAUUAUUUUUUUAUAGUCCUACAGCUGCAUAUAUGAUAGGUUUUUUUACGAUCCUGAGAAAAUUUCACGCUUUUUUCAUCGAGAAAUAUCUAUUUCUCAAAAUUAUAUCUUUUUACGUGACAAAGCUUGUCAGAAUGUUUCGCAAUUAUCCUUCUGUCAUUUCGAAUGAGAUUUAUCUCUAUUUUUUUCUAUUGCUAUAAAUCAUUUCGGUAUAAAGUUUGAGUUUUGCGGUUUUUUUGAAGAGCUAAGGGCUGUUUUUAUUUAUAUUUCUUAAUGGUUUGAACGUUUUUUUCUGUUUUUUUCUCAUGUACAAGACAUUUUUGCGUGGUUUCAAUGACACAGGAGUAUCGGUUCACUUAAACUAAUGCUGCAAAACGCUCUGAGUCGCAAAACUUAAUGAAAAUUUAAUUUGAACAUCACAGAAAAAAAUAUUGUACAGUUAUAUCUCUGUAGAUAUCUCUGUAGAACUUUUUUUUUGACAUCAAGAGUUGAAAUUUUGGAUUUUUCAAUGUAAAUCUAUGUUUUAGGGGUCUUUUGACGCGCUCAAUAAUCCAAGCCCAAGCCUUUUCGCCCACGUUUUCACACGUUUACGCCGCCUUGGUAGCCGUGAUCAACUCCAAGUUUCCGCAUAUCGGCGAAUUGCUUUUGCGACGACUUAUCGUUCAGUUCAAACGGAGUUUCCGUAGAAACGACAAAGGUUUUUGUUCUUGGAGAAAUCAUGAGUCACAUUUUUAGGUGUGACAAUCAAUGUUUCAAAGUUCAUCGCACAUCUGAUCAACCAACAAGUGGUAUUGUUUUGUUUAUUGUUUUUUUUUUUUGCUGUUUCAUUAAAAUGAGGAUCUCCUGCUUCUUCGAGCCUUUAAUGUUUUCUAUUUUAUAGAUCAAAGCUCUUUUUUUCGGCCGUAAAGUUUAUUUUUCUAUUCAACACUCUGUCGAUUGCUCGUGGGAAGUUUUUUGCGACAAAAAAAGUGAAAAAAAAAACUCUUAUCAAGCCCUUUGAAGCUCAGAAAAAUCAAUUUUCUCAAGCGGCCCCUCAUUUUUUGAUCAAAGAAGAUGUUUUCAGGCCCACGAAGUUCUUGCUUUGGAAAUCAUGCUCUUGAUGCUGGAAGUUCCCACAGACGAUUCGGUCGAAGUCGCAAUUGCUUUCUUGAAAGAAUGUGGCAUGAAACUGAUGGAGGCAAGCUUUUCUUCGAAUUAAUGUUUUUUAGUAGAAACUGGCUUUGUGAAGUUUGAUUCGGUUUCUAUCGUGUACUGUGAUUAAAUUCCAUCUUUUUAGAUUUCCCCGGCUGCUCUGAACAGCGUCUACGACCGACUCCGCGCCAUUCUGAUGGAAACGAGCGACGACGAGAAUCCCCUGGAUAAACGUAUUCGGUACAUGAUCGAAGUGGCGAUGCAGAUUCGCAAGGAGAAAUUUGCGGUUCGUUUUUUUUGUUCAUUGAGCAGUUUUCAGACUAAAAUUUGAUCAAAAACUGGAAUUUAGGCGUAUCCUUCCAUUGUCGAUGAUCUGGAUUUGAUCGAGGAAGACGACCAAAUCACUCACACGCUGAACCUCGAAGAAGCCACGAAUCCGGAAAAUGAACUCAGUUAGUUUUCUGGGGACGGUCCUCGAGAGACUUUCAUCUGCAGAUGUCUUCAAAUUGGACCCCGAAUUCGAGAAGAACGAGAACAUGUACGACGAGAUCCGGCAGGAAAUCAUCGGAGACGCGGAGAUUUCGAGCGACGAAGAAGAAGAGGACGACGAGGACGACGAAGAUGCCGAAAAUGAGGGUUAGGACUCAAUUUUCUUCGUAAUUUGAAUAACUUCUUAACAUUUUCGAAUCCGUUCGGUAAGCUUCAGUUUUCAGGUGCUGCCAAGCCGGUCACCACGGAAAUCAUCGACAACACGGAGCAGAAUCUGGUGGCUUUCAGGAGGUUUUGAGGUCCUCCAACGAGAAAUAAUGAUUGGGAGUGUUCAGAGAGGUCUACCUGACGAUUCAGUCUUCAUUGGACUACCAAGAAGCCGCACACAAGCUUCUCAAAAUGAAAGUCAAACCAGAGCUCGAUGUGGGAAUUCCCCUCUUUUCAUCAUUAGAUUUAUGUUCAGAACGAACUUUGCAACAUGUUGGUGGAUUGCUGUGCCCAGCAGAGAACCUAUGAGAGAUUCUACGGACUUCUCAUCGAAAGAUUCUGUCGUCUUCGCUUGGAAUAUCAGGUAAAAUUGUUUUUGAAUCAGUCCGAAGUCUAUCAUUUUUCCAGCAAACUUUCGAGCAAAUCGUGCGCGACGCCUACUCGACAGUCCACCGCUUCGAAAUCACGAAACUUCGAAAUCUGGCCCGUCUCGUUUCUCACCUGUUGUACACAGACGCGAUUAACUGGACGGUUUGUUCCGGACUUUUAGUCGUUCCCUCAAACGAAGGCUUCCAGAUUCUUGGCGAUGUCAAGAUGACAGAGGAGGACACGACGUCGUCUGGAAGAAUCUACAUUAAGUACAUCUUCCAAGAACUUUGCGAAGCCAUGGGCCUCGUCAAGUUGUAUGAACGUGUCAAGGACCCGUGAGUGUUACAUGGGGCGCGAAAGUUUUCCACAAAAUCGCUUCAGGACCCUGUCGUCGGCCUUUGCUGGCCUUUUCCCUCGCGACAAUCCGCAGAACGCGCGAUUCUCCAUCAACUUUUUCACCAUGAUUGGUCUCGGCGGUUUGACGUGGGUUUUAUGAUUUACCAUUUCAUGACUUUGUAGAUUUUUCUUAAAACUUCUGUCAUUUGCAUUACGCAUUUUUUGGAUUCUCACCAGCCAAUAUCCACAUUUUUCCACGGUUUUUUUCAAAAAUAUUUUUUUCUCUAAUAAAGACCCGUGAAAUUUUUUUCAAUACUCCUCUUAAAAACCAAAUUUCUAUUUUUUUCUGUGGUUAUAGAAUUUCCCAUAAUUGAAUAUGGUUUGUGAAAAAGCAAAGCUUGAAAAGCUCUCUGAAAUUUCAAACGCUUCGUUCGGAAAUCUGUUUCGUUUUUUUUCAGAAUUGAUCUCCGGGAAUGGCUGGAGAAGGGAAUGAAGAAAAGGAAGGAGAUGAUGGAGGCUGGCGUCAGCGACACGGAUUCUUCGUCGUCUUCGGACUCUUCCGACUCGGAUUCUGAUGACUCUUCCGAUUCCUCAGACAGCUCCGAUUCUGAUUCUGAUUCAGGUUGCCGUGAUCCGAGGGCUCUUCUCAUAUUUCGUUUCCAGAUAGCAGCGACUCUUCUGACUCGGAAGAUGAUAAGAAGAAAAAGAAUAAGAAGUCCAAGGAAGUGGGAGUCAGCAAAAAGAAUAAAAAGAGCAAGGAGGCCGAGAAGGAGAAUAGGCAAGCCUUUUCAUUGAUAGUAUAGAAUAGAUGUUUCUCAUGAUAUGCCUAUUUCCAUAAUUUGUUCCAGAAAAGUCAUUCGGCUCUUUUUUCGGUAUUUAUUCGUUUUUCUUCGUUUUACUGUUUCUCAUGAGUGAUCUGACUGAAUUUUUGAAAAUCAAAAACACGUUUUCGAAAUUUUUUGUUUUCAGAAGACAUGCUGAGAAAGAAGUGAAGGAAGAGCCUCUGAGCGACGAUGAAAGCCGCCGUCAUCGGGACAGACGCGACGCGAAACGCGACAACAGAGACCGUCGACGCGAAAAAAGCCCAGAUAAGCGACGACAAGAAGACGAAGACAGAAGGAAUGGUCGCGACGAGAAAAAAGAUCGGCGACAUCGCGAUGACGUGGAGGACGCGAGACGCGGCAGAAGAGAUGAGCGAGAAGAAAGGACGCGCGACCGCGAAAAUGGCAACGAGAGAAAACGCGAACGCAAUGAUGAUAGGAGAAAACGCGACGACGAGGAUAGAAGCCGAGAUGACGACCGGAAGAAGGACCGCCACGAUCGCAGCAAGGAACGCGAAAGGAGAAAAAGAAGUCCGAGCAGGGAGGAGACUCGGGUAGGCGAUUGCAGCUUUCAGGAAAAGUAAAAAAUGAAUUAAAGCAAAGGAAAAGUGAGAAUGAGAUGCGGUCGGGACCUUUUAGAGCUUUUUUUGUUUUUUCUAAUGUGUUCUUUAAUUACCGCUUGCGGAGGUUUUCGAAACAGUAUAUACUCCCGCUAUGUUAAGAUCUCUUUUUUGGCAUGCUUGAAUAUAUUUCAUUCAGAUAAAUUCCUCCUUUUUUUAGCAAAGGAUCAUUCAUCAUUUUAGCAAAAAGAUCAUUCCUUAUGAGGGCCUUUUCAUGUGAAACCUUAUCGCCAACUCUUUUAUAUCUUUUAAUUGAGCUAAAACAGAAUAACAUGUGACAUGCUUACUUUUUUUGAGUUUUUUGUUUCAGCGCCGUUCUGUGGAAAGAGAACCUCGUCGCGGUCGCGAGGUCGACACCGGUGACAGUCGUCGUCGUCGUGACAGAUCGUGA